AAACCGAAAACACACUGAGCUCAAAUUGACCACAUAAAAGUCUAAACGCAGGCUCACUAUUUCCAACUUUCGUCUUCACACACACUACAUACACCCCAAAAAUGGUUCAAUUCACCGCCACCGCCGCCGGUUCGGCCGAAGCCUUCCAGGUCGAUUCUGCCAACGUCGUCUAUACCGCUGACCACAUCGACUCGACCUACGUCUACCGUGACAGCAAAGUCGUCCGCACCGAUGACGCCAAGCUCACCGUGGUGCCCACCGAGAAGACCUACCACUUCCGCACGAGCCGCAAGGUCCCCCGUGUCGGUCUCAUGAUGGUCGGCUGGGGCGGAAACAACGGCUCAACGCUCACUGCCUCCAUCAUCGCUAACCGCCAAAAGAUCAGCUGGAGGACCAAGGAGGGCGUCCAGACCCCCAACUACUACGGAUCUGUCACCCAGGCUUCCACUCUGAAGCUCGGUGUGGAUGAGAAGGGACAGGAUGUGUUUAUCCCCUUCUCCGACAUCCUCCCCAUGGUCCACCCCAACGACCUUGUGCUCGGCGGGUGGGACAUCAGCGCCCACAACCUCGGUGCGGCUAUGGAGCGCGCGCAAGUCCUCGAAUACGACCUGCAACGCCAGGUGCGCAAGGAAAUGGACACCCUGCAACCUCUCCCGUCCAUUUACUACCCUGACUACAUCGCCGCUAACCAGUCCGACCGCGCCGACAACGUCCUUCCCGGAACUAAAGCCGAGCACCUCGAGAAGAUCCGCAAGGACAUUCGCGAGUUCAAGGCUAACAACAAGCUCGACAAGGUGAUUGUCCUGUGGACCGCCAACACCGAGCGUUUCUCCGCCAUCAUCCCCGGCGUCAACGACACCGCCGACGCCCUUCUCGCCUCCAUCCAAAACGGCCACGACGAAGUCGCCCCCUCCACCAUCUUCGCCGUCGCCUGCAUCCUCGAAAAGACCCCCUUCGUCAACGGAUCCCCGCAAAACACCUUCGUCCCCGGAUGCGUCGAGCUGGCCUCCCGCGAAAAAGUCUACAUCGGCGGUGACGACUUCAAGUCCGGCCAAACGAAAUUCAAAUCCGUCAUGGUCGACUUCCUCGUCAACGCCGGCAUCAAACCCAUUGGCAUCACCUCCUACAACCACCUCGGAAACAACGACGGCAAAAACCUCUCCGCCCCGCAACAGUUCCGCUCAAAGGAAAUCUCCAAAUCAAACGUCGUCGACGAUAUGGUUGCCGCCAACCCGAUCCUGUACAAGAAGAACGAACACCCGGACCACAUCGUCGUCAUCAAGUACUGCCCGGCCGUCGGCGACUCCAAACGCGCCCUCGACGAAUACGUGUCGGAGAUCUUCAUGGGCGGCCGCAACACCAUCUCCACCUACAACGUAUGUGAAGACUCCCUCCUCGCGUCCCCGCUCAUCCUCGACUUGGCCAUCAUCACCGAGCUGAUGACGCGGAUCGAGUACCGCACCGAGGAUAUGGAAGAGUAUUCGCCGUUCCAUGCUGUGUUGUCGGUGCUGUCGUACAUGCUCAAGGCCCCGAUGGUCCCGCCAGGAACGCCGGUGGUGAAUGCUUUGUCGAAGCAGCGUGCGGCGAUGGAGAACAUCUUUAGGGCCUGUGUCGGGCUGCCGCCGCAGAAUGAUAUGAUGUUGGAGCACCGUGCCAUUUGAUGGCGCCCUGUGAGGCGAGAACAUCAAAACAUGAGGGAGAAUAUAUGACAUAAGCUGUGGUUCGGCCACGGUGAUGUCUCCCUCUUCUACCCCCCCUAAUCCACAUAGACUAUAGACUUGUGCGCUUGCCUUCUUUCUUUAUGUAUUUUGAAUGACAUUUUGGCCCCUGG